AUGUCGAACCUUGCUGUCAUUGUGGACGGGAAGCGGUGCGUGGUGAAGACCACGCCCAUGAUGACCCUUCGCUCCGUCGCGGAGGAGGCGCUGAAGCUCGCCGGCCGGACCGCCGACCUCUCGAAGUGCAAGCUCAUCCACAACAAGAAGCCGCUGGCCAUGGACGACCCCGUCAGAUUCGCCAACCUCCCCUCGGGCACCAAGCUCGAGCUCCAAGCGCCCAGCGCACAAGCCGCCUACUUCGCCCACGCCCCCGGGCCCGCGCAGCCCGCCCAGCCCGCACCGGCACCGGCACCGGCGCCGGCACCCGCGCCCCGCGCCCCGCAGCCGGGCGGCGGCGACCCGGAGUUCCCCAGCAAGGUGGCGAAGCUGGUCGACAUGGGCUACGCGCGGGCAGCGGCGGUGCAGGCGCUCGAGAUGUGCGGCGGGAGCCUGCAGCUCGCCGCGAGCAUCCUCGGCGAGGACGCGGACGCCCGCAGGCAGGAGCGGCGCGAGCAGAGGCAGCGGCAGAGGCAGGAGGAGGAGGACGCGCAGCACGAGUGGGACCCCAACCACCCGUUCCGACGGGCGCGCGACGACGGAGCCGCGGCGCCGGUGCCGGCGCCGACGCAGCAGGCCGCGCCGAUCACGCUGCAGUGGUCGACGCCCGCGGGCGUGCCUGCGGCGGACUCGGGGGCAACGGGCGACGCGGGCGGUGCGAGCGACGCGCAGGGGCGCGCGCGCAGCCUGCUGGCGGCGGCGUCGGUGUUCCGGAGGGACGCGCUCGCGGGCACGGGCCCGCGCAUCGAGGACCUCAUGCAGGAGCUGGCGCGGAUGCCUGACGACUACUUUGAGAUGUCCCCGGAGGACUUAAAGCGCGUCAUGGCGGAGCAGACGGCGCUGCGGCGGGCGGCGAACGACGACGUGCUGAAGACGAAGGCGAUGCGCGAGAAGGAGGCGCGCGAGAAGGCCGAGCGCGCGGGCGUGGUGGUGAUUCGCCUGCUUCUCCCGGACAGCGAGGGGACCGUUGUGCAGGUGCGGAUGCGCGCGACGGAGACGGCCGCGACGCUCCUCGCGGCCGCGCAGGAGGCGCUCGUGCCGGAGCUCGGGCGGCGCGCGUACCUCUUCACGACCCCGCCGCGCGUCGAGAUCAGGGACGUGGCGCAGUCGCUGUACGCGCUGGGGCUGUGCCCGGCGGCGUACGUGCACGUGGGGCUGCGGGACGGGGCGCCGCAGGGCGCGGAGGUGCUGCGGGCGGAGGUGCUGGCGCGGCGCGCGGCGCACGUGCCGCGGGAGGCCGGCGGCGGGCGGGUGGCGUCGGGGCUCGGGGAGGAGGGGGGCGGGUCGACGGGGGCGGGCGGAUUCGUCGAGGUUGGCAGCGACGCGGGGUUCAAGGAGAGCCAGAGCAAGCUGCCGGGGAUCGGCGGCGAGAAGAAGCUGCCCAAGUGGUUCAGGAAGAUGUGA